AUGCAUACCUUCCAUAAGAUACUUGCAUUCCUCGGUAUACUUAUCGGCGCAAGUGCUCUGAUUGUAUUUCGCAUUCAAAUUAUCGCAAGAUGUGGCGAGCUAGCCACGGAACUGAGGAGCAUUUUCGGUCGUAGAAUCCAGCUAAAUGCAGACUUCACUGAAGACCUCGAAGCUGGCCUCACUUCACGAAAUUUUGAUAUCUCAAGUCACAACGAAGGUGAUCAAAGGAAAGGUCUGAACGAUGAAGCCAAAACGGAAAUCAAAAUGAUAAUGAAACGAGAUAAAGUAAACUUUGAUCAAGCAAGGCUUCUCCAUGCACAAGAAAAAUUCGGCAGGAACAGAAUAGCCGCCGACGGCACGCCUCUGGACCCUAAAGCAGUCAUAUUCGGGAGAACUUAG